UUUCAUGACGUCACGCAUAGUGAAGCAACAACAAAACCCCUGAACACGCACUAGACUGAUCGUAAGACUCGAUAUCCGGUGAGAGCGCAAGCUACAGAAGAAACUAACGAUUAUGCCAGUAGAAAAAAUGCAAGACUAUUGGAUUGAAGAUAGUAUAAAAGACAAGAAAUUUGAAGAUUACUACAACAUAGUUAAAGAAUUGGGAAAGGGCGCUACAUCAGUUGUCUAUAGAUGUGAACAAAAGGGUCUAGCCCAACCAUGGGCUGUCAAGAUAUUGACCAAGAAAGUUGACAAGAAGAUUGUCAGAACAGAAUGUGGGGUGCUGUUGAAGCUGAAGCAUAGUAAUGUGAUUCGACUGAAAGAAAUAUAUGAAACACCUACUCAAAUAUACCUGGUAUUGGAAUUGGUGACAGGAGGAGAGUUGUUUGACAGGAUUGUAACAAGAGGCUGUUACAGUGAAAAGGAUGCGGCAAAUUGUGUCAAGCAGAUGUUGGAUGCAGUCAAAUUUCUUCACCAAAAUGAUGUUGCACACAGGGACCUUAAGCCUGAAAAUUUAUUAUAUCAAGACAGCUCUGAUGAGUCUUUGUUAAAAGUUGCUGAUUUUGGCCUGUCGAAGAUUUGCGAAUCAAACAUCCAAAUGUCCACAGUGUGUGGUACCCCAGGAUAUUGCGCCCCAGAAGUGUUGCAAGGAAAUCCUUACAGCACUGCAGUUGAUAUGUGGAGUGUUGGAGUCAUCACAUAUAUUCUGCUUUGUGGCUAUGAACCAUUUUAUUGUGAUAAUGAGAAGGAGAUGUAUAAAAAGAUUAUCAAAGGGGACUACAUGUUUGAUGCACCUUGGUGGGAUGAUGUCAGUGAAAAUGCAAAGGAUUUGGUUCGCCAGCUGUUGAAGGUUGAUCCAGCAGAGCGUCUGACAUCUAGCCAAGCUCUGGAGCACCCCUGGUUGAAAGGGGCGUGUAAGAGCCAGCACAUGGAGGAGGCUCAGUGCAAACUCAAACAGUUCAAUGCCAAAAGGAAACUCAGGGCAGCUACAGCUGUUGUGAUGGCUAUGAACAAAGUGACCCUGGGCGACAAGGGUAGAGCACAGAGUGAAAGACGGAGUGUACCGGAAGACAUGCAAGUGCCAUAGAACACAAUCUGUUUAGACAACUUGCAAACAUGUACAUUCUUGGUCUUUGUGAAGAGUAUGGAAAGAACAGUGUGCUCUUAACAUUGAUAGGGUUCAUAAAACUUGGCCUUCCAAAUCUUUUAUAUUCAGUGAGACAGAAAGGGAAGAGGUACAUAUCUCACUGUGUUGCAUUCCUCAAAGUUAUCAUAUAUUUUGUGGCAUUGAGAAUACAGAACAAACUAUUUACACACAAUUUUGCACUGAAAUUUGAUGGAAAUUAAUACAUAUAGGUCUGCUUCAUAGGUGGAGUUGUAGAAUAUCCUUACGUGUUGAAAGAAUAUCAGAACAUUUUCAAUAGGAAUACAAUUAAUAUCAUUUCUGUUGUAAUGAUAUUAUUGGCAUUGUUUUU